CAAUACGUGCGUUCCAGACCUUAGUUCGUAAAAUGCGCCGCAGAUACUUCAACUUUUGGGCUUCAGCUCUACUUGUGGCCAUUUCACUUGCCGGCGGGGAACCAAAGAAGCUCGUUGUAUUCGACACCAUAGAAUGUGCCAUCAAAAGCAGUGUCUUCGCAAAGGUGGAGUGUAAGCUGUAUUCCCGAAUUGAAUUUAAUGCCCUUUUCACCCUUGGCGAAAAGGAGAAUGCUGACAAAAUGUUGGGAGUUUGCGAAGUACAAAUCUAUCCCAGAGGUCAGAAGAAGAUAACGAGGAUAAAGAACCUGAGAAUGGACUUUUGCCAACUGAAGAAGCAUACCGAAAAGCGCUCAGUACUGGGCAUAUACUACCAAGCAGUACGCCGAGCUGUGGUCGAUUUUCCCAAAAAGUGUCCCUUCCAAAAGAACACCACAUAUGCCGUGAAUCGGUUGCAUUUGCGCUGGCAAGACGUGCCGCAGUAUCUACCCGAAUCUAACUUCACUUUUAGGGGCAAGAUCUAUGCGAACGAUGAGCUAGCACUCGAGGUCAAGCUGACUGGCGGUUUUUUUGAAAUUCGCAACGAUUCUGUCUAUAGGAAGCCCCUAUUGGAAUCAGCAUAAAACUUGUGGGUCGUUAAAAAAGUAACUGUCUAAAUAAUAUUAAAAUUAUGGCCAGCUGCAAGCCACUUCUUCUGUAUUUAAAACCUAUUAUUUUAUGUAUAUACUUAACAAUUUAUGAGGUGCUGAGAACGACACCA